AUGUCAACAUCAUUUGAUAAAGUUUGGUUCGUGACCGGUGCUUCCAGUGGAUUAGGAAAGCAGAUCGUUCUCGCUGCCCUCCGUCGAGGAGACCGAGUCAUUGCUGCUGUUCAAGAUAUAUCUGAAGUACAAGAUAUUUGCUCAGAGGCGUGCAAAGCCCUUCAGCUGGACGUCACUGCACUACCUGACGUUCUGAAGGAGAAGGCUAGGCAGGCUUUGUCAAUUUUCGGCAUUGUUGAUAUCGUAGUCAACAAUGCUGCCAUCGCCCUCCUUGGCAGUGUCGAAGAGCUCGGAGGCGAAGGGUUUCUGGCAGAGUAUCGCACAAACGUAUUCGGCGUCAUUAAUGUGACAAAUGCCUUCCUUCCAUUCAUGCGCGAGAAACAGGGCGGAACCAUCGUGGUCAUUGGAAGUCGGUCAGCUUGGCAAGCAGGAGUGCCUAUGAUAAGGCCGUACAGCAGUUCCAAGGCUGCGAUACAUUCUGUAGCCGAAACAUGGUCCGCGGAGCUAGCGCCAUUCAAGAUCAAGGUGCUCCUCGUUGAACCAGGCAGUCUCCGCACCAGUAGCCUCAAAAGAGUCAUCGCCACCGCCGUCCAGUAUGGUGCUCCUGCGAUACCUUCCUAUGCACCAUUCCACGCAGAAGGCGUGAAACUGAUUCACGAACUAGACGGUACACAGCCUGGUGAUCCAGGGAAGGCCGCAGAGGUGAUCGUUGAUGUGGUGAGAGAUGAAGGGUCUGCAAGGGGCAAGCCUUGGCCAACCCUUCUUGCGCUUGGAGAGGAUGCGGUGACAGUCAUAAAGAAAAGGUGUCAGGCUGUUAUCAAGGCUAUGAACGAUUGGGCGGACGUGAGUGGAAUCGAGUAUGAGAAGAGUUCCCUGUGA